UACCAUUUCCCAUUAGCAAUACGAUCGCAGCGCAGCUGCUUCUCUCCCUCUCUCUCGAAAUUCACUCUCUUCUUCGUUUCGUAAUUUUAUUUUAAUUUUUGUUCUCCCAUUUGUAUGUCUGUUAUUUUCUCUUCUAUCCCCCAACCAUAAAAAGAAAAGAAAAGGAAAUAAAAGGGUAGAUUCGAUCUCUCCACCCUCAAUUCGCUGCAGAUUUCUUGGAUACAAAGCAGAAUUAUAGAGAGAAAUUUUCGAUACAACCAGUAACUAUAUCUUUGUCACAGUCCAAGUACCAAAAGAAAAAAAAUCAGCUGAAACCGACGUCGCUUUUGUUGCUUUUCAGUUUAACUAAGCAGGUUGACUUCGUGCUUUUACUGCCGCCUUUUGGUUUUGUAUGAGUUCUGGAUACAUUAUCAUAUAAGCAUAAUUAUUGUUCAACUUUACAUGCACCUGAAUCAGAGGGCAUUGUGCUUGGCUUUGGGAGUGUAAUUGUGUUUUUGGCAUUCUGCAAUUCUACUUGCUUAUCCUUUUUUCAGCUUAAGUAUUAUCUAAUUAUCCAGAACUAAUUCUGAUAGUUCAGUCAAGAAUACAUGACUACCGUUUUUGUUCAUUCUUGGAUACAUAACUUAGCUGUAUGCGGAGAUAGUCAUCUUCUAAUGUAAUUUUGGAAGUAACAAAGAUUUUUAAGUUUAUGGAAUUUCGAUGGUUCUACAUGCAAGAAAACAAGCUUGUAAUAUCACUUUGAUGAAGCCACUGGAUUCAUGUAACAAUUCAUGUUGAAGAAGGGGGACAUGCUACCAAAUUGGAAGAAACCCCGCAUCAACUUAGUCUUUGCCUUCUCCAUAUAUACUUCUUACAUGUUUGCUGGUACAUCUACGAGUAAAAGGGGGUGUUGAUGGUGUGCUAUAACAGGAAAUCAUGGAGCACGUUUUGGAAAAGAAGUAUCCUGUUAAUGCAAAAGAUUAUAAGUUAUACGAAGAAGUUGGUGAAGGUGUGAGCGCCACUGUUUAUAGGGCUCUCUGCAUUCCACUUAAUGAGACAGUUGCUAUUAAGGUUCUUGAUCUGGAAAGGUGCAACAAUGACCUGGACGGAAUCCGACGAGAGGUACAGACAAUGAGCUUGACUGAUCAUCCAAAUGUCUUACGAGCACAUUGUUCUUUCACUACAGGCCACAGCCUUUGGGUUGUGAUGCCCUACAUGGCUGGAGGAUCCUGCCUUCAUAUAAUGAAAUCUGCUUAUCCAGAAGGUUUUGAAGAGCCUGUUAUUGCCACACUAUUGCGUGAGACUCUCAAAGCUCUUGUUUAUCUUCAUUCCCAUGGUCAAAUCCAUAGAGACGUUAAGGCUGGCAACAUAUUAAUUGACAGAAAUGGAGCAGUUAAGUUAGCAGACUUCGGAGUGUCAGCAUGCAUGUUUGACACGGGAGAUAGGCAGCGUUCCAGAAAUACUUUUGUUGGUACUCCAUGCUGGAUGGCUCCUGAAGUUAUGCAACAAUUACAUGGAUAUGACUUUAAGGCAGACAUCUGGUCAUUUGGAAUAACUGCUCUUGAACUUGCCCAUGGCCAUGCUCCUUUCUCCAAGUAUCCACCGAUGAAAGUUUUGCUGAUGACCUUACAAAAUGCACCUCCAGGACUUGACUACGAAAGAGACAAGAGAUUUUCGAAGUCAUUUAAAGAGAUGGUAGCUGCCUGCUUAGUGAAGGAUCCAAAGAAACGUCCCACGUCAGAAAAGCUUUUGAAGCACCCAUUUUUUAAACAUGCACGAUCGAAUGAAUAUCUUGCUCGCACCAUUCUUGAUGGACUUGCUCCUUUAGGGGAACGAUUUAGGAUUCUGAAGGUGAAAGAGGCUGAUCUUCUUCUUCAGAAUAAGGCUCUAUAUGAGGAUAAGGAGCAAUUAUCACAGCAAGAGUACAUAAGAGGAAUCAGUGCCUGGAAUUUCAACCUUGAGGAUUUGAAAAGUCAGGCUGCUCUUAUUCAGGAUUAUGAUGCCAUACAAAAUUCAGAGGAUCAACGUGUGAGUGUGAAGCACGUGGAUAUACACAACAAUGUUGAGCUUCCAGCUGAGAGGCUGUCCAAUGAAAAGGCUAACCAUUCAACAGCUGAUCCUAGUCAUGAGGAUCAGGAUGGGUUCAAUCACCUUCAUGAUUUGGAGAACUCACUUGCUUCAUUUCCUAUUAAACCUCUUCAAGCACUUAAAGGCUGUUUUGAUGUUGGUGAUGAUGAUGUGGAUGCAACUAGUCCAAGUUGGAAAGGCGCUCAAACAGAUUCUGAACAACAGGUUCUUACAAAAUUGUCACCAAGUGAUGUAAACCGAGAAAGUGAAGGAAAUGAGGGUGAUAAUCCUCCACGUUGCAGUUCUUUACCAAGUCAUGUUGUGGAGCAUAAGAAAUUUUUGAGCAGUCCAUUAAUUCCAGAAAAUGCCUUUUCUCCUAAAAAGGUCGCUGGGGAUGAAAACAGGGAUUUUCUACAGCCAAAAUAUCAAUCAGAGCGGAACUAUAGUGGUCCAUUGUUAUAUCGACAGAAAAGAGAUACCAAUAAUCUUUCAUCUGUUGAGGAUUUAUCAGAAGGAGCUGUGGUCCAACGCAAGGGACGCUUCAAGGUCACUUCAGCAGAUCUGAGUCCGAAGGGUCCUACAAACUGUUAUUUCAGCCCAGUUUGCGGAGGAGGUCCAACAGUAUCAAAUGUUACAGCUGCUUCAGUCCUUCCAUCACUGCAAUGCAUCUUGCAGCAGAAUGCCUUGCAGAGGGAAGAAAUUCUUAAAUUGAUCAAGUUUGUGGAGCAAAGCUCUGGCAAACAAAUGCAAACGGAGUCAGCUGAAGCAAUGGCGAAUGACCUUUUGCAGAUAUCACCUUCUGCUAGGGAGAAGGAGCUGCAGGCUCAGUUGAUUAACCUACAACAAAGUAUUGGAAGCCUUGUUGAGGAAUUGCAGAGACAGAAGAUGAAAAAUGCCCAGUUAGAAAAACAAUUGAAUGCUUUGGUGUACAAGUGAAGAGAAUGACGUACAGCGGCGAGACUAUUGUUCCAGUGGCAAAAGGUUGUGAGGAUCUUCCUAGCACUCAAGAGGUAUGAAGGCAUCUUAAGAAUUUGAAAUUUCUAGUGUACCAUAUGUGUGAACGUGUUAAAGGCAGACACCAAAUUUCGAGAUGCCAUUCCUUAGAGUCUCACAUCAUGUGCAGACAUGUUGUAAUUUAUUGAAGCAAAUGUAAUUAUAGUACAGUUUGGCUGUCUUUCUUUCAUUCUGUCACACAUGCUCUCACUCAGGCUCUGUGGCGUGGUGCUUGUUUGCUUGGAUUUAUAGGGAGUCGGCCAAUUCGUAGACCUAUUUUCUUUUACUUUCAAUAAGCAAGAAAGAUAUCCUUGAUAGUUGAUAGUCAGUUGCCCUUUUUCUGGGUUUUUCACAUCAACUGUUGUAGUUUGGUUUGAGUUUUGAAUUUAAGACGGGGUCACUUUAUUCUGGCUUAAAUCCACGAGCUUAAAAGUAAAUAUAACAAAAUACAGGUACAUGUAUAAUAACGUUUAGAUGCAAUAAAACAUUGUUGUUUAUUGGGCA